AUGUCACCGAAGAAGCAGAACACCAAGGACGCUCCUGCGUCCUCCAGCGGUGGCUAUGCAGUCAACGUCCAACAGCAGGAGGACACCGCCAACGACCGCGCCAUCGCCCAGCUUCUCCAGAUGAUGGAAAACAUGUCCUUGGAUGGUGCUUCCAAAGAUGUGGAGACUAUGGUCAAGAAGGCACAGGAGAUGAAGUCUCGCUUCCUUAUGAUCGAGAAAGAGAAGAACAAGAAAACACCUGAACAGAAGGCCGAGGAGGACAAGAAGAAAGCCGUCGAGCGUUCCGUCGCUGCCAAAGCCAAGACCAAGGCAAAGGUGCAGAAGUUGUACCGCUACUUCGUGGGGCGCUCCACCCUGAAGAGCAUCUACACCGAGAUGGCUAAGCAACUCGACAUCAGCAAAUCCAAAGCCAAACAGUGCGUCUACACCUACAAGGGAGUGAACAUGGGCGACUUCAACCGUCGGGAGACGACGGGUGAGUGGCAUAUGCAGGAGGAUGACCGCAUCACGAUGCACGAGGAGGAGCUCGGCAACAUGGAGGUCUGCAACGAAGGCGUCGAUGAAGAUGAGGACACUCACCUGAGAGAGCCACCCAAGAAGAAGUGA